UCCUACCCUCGUUCCGGUCAGGGGAAUCCCCAUUCUCUGCACAGGCUCCCGACCACGAAAAGAUCGCUGACCCCGACCUUGACCCGCGCCGUCGCGUCGCCUUCGGAAUCCAAGAACGAUGCUCGCCGCCGUCCCGGAUCGACCUCCAUUGAUCCGCAAACGCCGCGUCCGCCCCCCGCCCUCCAAGCUCGAGCCUCGCAGCCAUCGACCUCGAUCCGCUUCGCGCUCUGUCGGAGGCGCAUCUUGGUUCUUCCAUGGCGACCCCCCAUCGGCCAUACAUGGCGGCAAGCUAGCUCCCGUCUCAAUCCGCGUGGAUUUGCAGAUGUCGCGGUUCACAGGGCAAUUCUGCUGGUUAUCCUACAAGUUUGCUGGCUAGCAAGGAUAAGGUUGAGCGGAACAGAAUAUGGUGUUCUACUAUGCCCUCUACGUGUUUGAGAAAAUGACAGUAUGAUGAAUGCAAGUGUGAACAAUCCAAAUAACCCACUGAUCCCUUGAAAACCAGGACCAUGAAAGGAGUAAAUUAAGCCAACGGGUGGAUAGUCCAUUGAUAAACCGCCUGCCCAAGGUAAGUCUGUCAGACAUGGUGUCUUCACUGACAUUGUCACACAGGCCAGCUAGGAGGAAGAGUUCCAGCUCCCUUCCAGUUCCAGGACGUUGUUCCAGCACUGUUGAAUUACACCUGAGUGUAAAGAAGAUCGACAAAGAUGGCAGUUGUAGCAGGGGCGAUGACUGCCCUCAUUGCCAAGUUGACUACCCUGCUGAUGGACCAAUACAAGCUGCAGAACAGUGCGAGGGGCGACAUCAUAUUUAUUAAAGCCGAGCUUGAGAGCAUUCAGGCUGCCCUUGAGAAGUUGUUUGAGGUGCAGGUAACUGAUCGCCAGGUUAAGAUUUGGGAGAGGGAUGUGAGAGAGCAGUCGUACGACAUGGAGGAUAUCAUCGACAAUUUCAUGGUUCAUGUCGAAACCCAUUUGCUAGCCAAGCCACAUGAACUCAAAGGAUUCAUGAAGGGAAGUUUGAGCUUGUUGAGAAGAGCAAUGGUUCGCUAUCGUGUUGCUACCGACAUCAAACGUAUCAGGAGGCUUGUCAAUGAGACGAGUGCACGCCGUGAUAGGUAUAAGGUUGGUACUAUUGUUGCUGCUGCCAAGACUGAGACCGCAAUUGAUCCCCGUUUAAUUGGUAUCUAUGGAGAGGCUACUAAACUUAUUGGCAUAAGUGGACCUAAGGAAGAAUUGACCAAGCUGCUGAUGGAUUCCAAGGGCAACUCAAAGAAUAAACUGAAAGUGAUCUCCAUCGUUGGAGUUGGUGGUUUAGGCAAGACAACUCUUGCUAAUGUCAUUUAUCAACAGCUUAGAGGACAAUUCGAGUGUCAUGCUUUUGUUUCAGUAUCCUUAAAGCCUGAUCUAAAGAAGGUCCUGAGCAGCAUACUCCGUCAAUUCAGUGAACAAGGUUAUGCUUGGACAGAAACAUGGUGUGCUCAGGAAAUCAUCAACAAAAUCAGAGAUGAAAUUAAGGAAAAGAGGUACUUGAUUGUAAUUGAUGAUAUAUGGGAGAAAUCAGCAUGGGAAUGCAUCGAGUGUGCUUUAAUAGAAAAUGACCGUGGAAGCAGAAUAAUCACAACAAGCAGAGUGCUUGAUGCUGCCACGCCAUGCUCUUCUGAGGUUGAUCAUACCGUUUACAAGCUGCAGCCACUUUCUAGUGAUAACUCAAAGAAAUUGUUCUACAAAAGGAUAUUCUACUGUGAAGAUGGUUGUCCAUUGGAACUGAAGGAUAUAUCUGAAAAAACUUUAAGAAAGUGUGAGGGAGUCCCGUUAGCCAUAAUCACCAUAGGCAGUUUAUUGGCCAUGAGACCACAAAAUUUAUACCAAUGGGAUAGGGUACACAAUUUAAUUGGUUCUGGACUUGAGAAAAGCCAUCAUGUGGAGAAUAUGCGGCACAUAUUGUCUAUUAGUUAUUAUGAUUUGCCAGCCCAUUUAAGAGCUUGCUUCCUAUAUCUAAGUAUAUAUCCAGAGGAUUACAAUAUACAGAAAGAUCAACUGAUACGCAGAUGGAUUUCUGAAGGGUUUAUACUUGGAGAAGAUAUGGAUACUUUGCAUGAAGGAGGUAAAUACUUCAAUGAGCUAAUAAAUAGAAGCAUGAUUCAACCAGCAUACAUCGACAGUCAUGGAAGGGUGCAUGCUUGUCGUGUUCAUGAUAUGGUGCUUGAUCUUAUCACAUCAUUGUCAAAUGAAACAAAUUUUGUGACAUCAUUAGGUGGUCAGCAGCCCACAUAUCAUCCAAACAGGGCUCGCCGGUUAUGCCUUCAAAACAGCAUAUAUGACCAUACGAUACGACAGGAGAAAAUGAAGUGGCCCCGCGUGAGGUCACUAAUCGUAUUCCCUCAUGCUACCAACUUGUUGCCAUCCCUUUCGAGAUUCCGUAUUUUGCGCGUACUGGAUUUAGAAGGUUGUCAAGACUUGAAGAAUCACCAAAUUGAGGGUAUCAGUGAUUUGUUUCAUUUGAGGUCUCUAGUACUGAAGGAUACAAAUAUUGGUAGUCUCCCCAAAAAGAUUGGCAACCUAAGUUGUUUACAUACACUGGACAUAAGGCACACUAUCAUAACUGAACUUCCAUCAACAGUCGUUCAUCUAAGAAGACUGGUGCGCCUACUAAUUGAUGCAUCGGUGAAGUUACCUGAUGGAAUUGGGAAAAUGGAAUGCUUACAGGAAAUAUCACUGGUUGGUAUUAGCAAGUCUCCAAACUUUUUGAAGGAGCUAGGGAGUUUGACAGAACUAAGAAUACUCCAGAUUUCAGAGAGUACUGGUGCGUGGCAUGAUAGUUAUGAGAAUACUUUGAUUGAUUCUUUGUGCAACCUGCACAAAAUCUGUGACCUGUACAUCCAUGGCUGUAAACUGUCCACAGAGUUCAUAUCAAAUAUAAGAUGCUCUCCGCGAUAUCUCCGAUAUCUUUCAUGUGGCCAAUUAUCCAUAUUGCCAAGGUGGAUCAAUUCAUCCUUAUUGUCCCUCUCCACCAUAGAUUUGAUACUUAAUGUACUCCGACAGGAUGAUCUUCGUAGUCUUGGUGCCUUACAAUCUCUAUGUUGUCUCCGUCUUAAUGUGUUCAAAAUUGAACCAGAAAGGUUGGUUGUUGGCACUGAGCAUGCAAAGUUCCACUGGCUAGCUGAGUUUUCGUUUACCACUAAUGCCAUGGGGCUUAUAUUUAGCCAAUAUUCUAUGCCAAGGCUUGAAAACCUUGAGCUAGCUUUUAAUGUUCGAGAGACAAAGUAUUUUGAUAUUGGCUUGGAGCACCUGUCCUCUCUUAAGGAUGUCACUGCAAGAAUUGAUUGCAGGGAUUCCAGUAUUUUUGAGGUGCAAAAUGCAGAUGCUGCCAUUCGGAGGAUUGCAUAUAUGAACUCCAACCAACCUAAGGUUCAUGUGAUCAGGCAUUAUGAACACAUGUUAAUGGAUGAGGUGAAGAUCCAGAAGGAAACGGAGGAGGAAAAGGAGAUAUUGGAAAAUAGGAUUGGUCCAUGGGGUGGAAAUGGUGGGGUCACUUGUGACAUCAAGGUUGCACCCAAACGCUUGGAAAGCAUUACUAUUUGUAGCGGCAUAAUCAUCGAUGCACUUGCAUUUUCUUACUUGGACAAAGAUGGAGAGCGACACACGACUAGUUUAUGGGGUGGUCUUGGUGGUAGUGUUCAACUGAUUGAUCUUGAUGAAAGAGAGUUUCUUAUGGAGGUUAUUGGAACUGUGGGUCCAUUCAAUGUGUUAUCUGAGGCUAUAACAUCACUUACACUUGUGACCAAUGUACGUAGCUAUGGGCCUUUUGGACAACCACAGGGUACUCCUUUCCGUACUCCACGGAAGAAAAACAGUUGUAUCGUGGGAUUCUUUGGGCGUUCAGGAACAUAUCUUGAUGCAGUUGGGGUCUAUUUUCACCCUAUGUAGAUCUCAGCAAAGCGCGAAAUCCUUUAACCAAACUUGUAGUUUAUAUUCACAUUGUGUCGAAUAUUUUCUUUUGUUUCUUUACAUUUCCUGAUAUUAUGGUCGGACUACUCGUAUUUCAAUUCUUGUGAUCUGUUUUCCUUUCACCUGUUUUUUUUUCUCAGUUGUUCAAAUAACAUCAAAAGUUGUUUUAGCUUCAUAUGUAGUGCGCUGCAGUAAAAUGAUCACGUCAUUAUGGACAGUGACUCCUGUUUUUUUUCUUAGUUGUUCAAAUAACAUCAAAAGUUGUUUUAGCUUCAUAUGUAGUGCGCUGCAGUAAAAUGAUCACGUCAUUAUGGACAGUGACUCCUGUUUUUUUUUCUUAGUUGUUCAAAUAACAUCAAAAGUUGUUUUAGCUUCAUGUGUAGUGCGCUGCAGUAAAAUGAUCACGUCAGUAUGGACAGUGACUCCUGUUUUUUUUUCUUAGUUGUUCAAAUAACAUCAAAAGUUGUUUUAGCUUCAUAUGUAGUGCGCUGCAGUAAAAUGAUCACGUCAUUAUGGACA